CGUGACGUCAUGGUAGACCACGCCGUGCGAGAUCAGUUGUUCUCCGGCGGUCACGUGACGCGCGUGGAUCCGGAAGCAUCAUGGCGGUGAACUUUAGUGAAGAUGAGUUUCAGCUGGCGUGGACCGAACUGGACGAGCCGAAGCUGGACGGGUGGGAGUUCUUCACCGAGACCACGGGCGUGAAAAUAUACCGACUCUAUCAUAAGGAAUCGGGUCUGUAUGAGUACAAGGUGUUUGGCUCUCUGCCUGGCUGCCCUCCAGAACUCUGUGCAGAUGUUUACAUGGAUCUCAACUACAGAAAGCAGUGGGACAGUUAUGUGAAAGAUCUACACGAGAAAGACUUCAAUGGACAGAAAGUGAUUUACUGGGAGGUGAAAUAUCCAAUGCCUCUUUCUAACAGGGAUUACGUGUACGUUCGGGAACGUCGGGAUCUGAACAUUGGCGGUCGCAGGAUCUGGGUGGUUUUGGCCAAGACCUCUUCUGUGUCUCAAUGUCCUGAGAAGAGAGGCGUAAUCCGGGUGAAGGAUUACAAACAGAGUCUGGCCAUAGAGAACGACGGCUCCGGCGAUUCCAAAGUCUUCAUGAACUACUUCGAUAAUCCAGGCGGCAUGAUUCCCACGUGGCUGGUGAACUGGGCGGCGAAGACGGGCGUCCCGGCCUUUCUCACGGACAUGAAGAAAGCCUGCUGCAACUAUUCCAGCUUCUGCAAGAAGUGAUGCAUGUAUGAAUGUCUACUGCGCAUGUGUUCUGUUUGAGGUCAGAAGGGCAUUUUGGGGAUUUUGGGUGGAGUUUCUACUGUUUCUAUGGUGUCCAACAUGCAAAAGUCUUUCGUUAGAAUUUCGUCGAAAUAUUUUUUUUUAUGCGUUUUUGCAUCAUGGAAUGGAAAGAUUUGGGGUCCCUCAGUGACUUUAUGAGAUUAUUUAGAUCAUAUUGAAUGGUAUAUAAUUUAAUCAAAGCACUUUAAUAUAAAGGAUUACAUAAAGAGCUAAGAAGUGAACGCAUAAAACGUCUCUGUUAGAGCUGAAAUGCACACAGUCACUCAUUGAGAUCCUUCGGCAGAGAGGCUAAUAUCUGGAACCUCAGGUCACACUUCAAAAAAAGUGUCUGGUAUUGUACUGGAUAACAAAACAUCAAAGCAAAUGUGUUUGAGAACUUUAAGAAAUGAGAUAAUAGGGUACGACGGGGCUAAAGGUGCCUUUAAAAUGAUUUUCUAACAAACCACUAAAUGGCAUGAAAACCUGUUAUUAAGGCUAGAGUUGUUUACUUGAGAAAUAUGCCUAAACUAACCAAUUAUAGACUCAAAUGUCACAUGUUUUCUUAGAUUAUUUAAAUGUAAAUUUAUUUUGAUAAACGUUGCUAAAACACUGCUAAAAUUAACAUUUAUAUAUUACAUUCAUUUACAAAUAUAUUACUGUAAAAUAAAUCCAGUAAAACAACUGACAAAUUACUGGCAGAAAAUGACUAGUACAUUUUCCCCUUAUUUUACAGACAUUUCCGUUGAUGCUAAAAUGUAAUUUAAUGGUGGUCAAAAUGUAGAAAACUGGUAAAAAAUCAUUAAAAAACGAUUACGGAAAUAUUAUAUACAUAUUAAUACAGUAUUUUGGGCCUUUUUUUUACAGAUUUUUUACAUUGGCUUUAAAGUAAACUGUUUAGUUUAUUAAAGAUUUUUUGCCAAUUUUUUUUAUUUAAAGUAAAAUAAUCAAAAAAUUGUAAAACCGUUGCAGAAGGAGUGAUUUUGUCCAAGUUUGAACUAUUUGUUCCUCAAUAUAAUAUUUGUCUCACUAGUGGGGUAAAACACCUUUAGUAAAAAGGAAAUAUUCCUGAAGGUGUGCCUUUAGCGCAGUUGUACUCUUAAACUGUUUAAGUAGGUUUAUAACAGUCAACAGGCUGUUCAACGGUUAAUGAGAUGAUGGAUAUCUGUGAAGCUGAUUUCAUUCAUUCACUUAAAUUCCAGUGAAGUCUCCAGGAUCAUUUGUUUGAUGGUUUGCUUUGAUAUUUGAUCUUAUUCAGACAUGUUUAUAGAUCAUAUGAUGUAUGUGAAUUGUCUUGAAUCUUUAACCGAAUACAAUCUUGCUCCUCAAUAUUAAGAGAUUGAAUACACCAGCAGUUCUCAUGAGAUGAUUACACUGCAGUCGUUGAGCGACCUCUCCUGGUGAAUCUGCUUUUUGAACAAAUGUUUUUGCACAGAUAGUUAGUAUUGGUCAUUUGGUCUUCAGAUGCCGGACACGUCUGACCUUUAGGCAUCUUAUGAUGAUUUACCUGCAAAUUUCCAACAUCAUGUCAGAACAUGGAUUUCAAUGGUUAAAAUGAUGCUUUUCACAAAUGUAUGUAGUAAGGUUUUGAUUUGUGUUGCCGAGCCUUAUCCUGAUGCCUGCCGAGACUAUCAAGUCACGUCAAUGACAAAGUAUAGAGCUGAAAUUAUUGUGACGUAUGCUCUCCUUAUAAUCAUCAUGUGCUGUUUACAAAUGAAUGCCGAGCACAGUAAGCCUUUGAGAAUUUGUGAUCGUAAAAUAUGAAUUUAUUUUAAUCGUUUGGUGUAUGAUAAUGUCAUUUUUUUUGUGAUGCUUGAAUGAGCUCAGAAACCAACACAUUACACUUUAUAAAAAGUGCUUCACGAUGCCAUUGAAGAAACAUUUUUGGCCGAAUGCUUCCAUAAAGAAGUUUAUAUAAAAAUAUUCUCUAGAUUGUAAAUUAAGAUUAUAAAUGCUUCUUCUAUGUCAUCUCUGUGAAGAAUCUUUUGUGAGAGUUUUUAAGAGCAUAAUCUAAAAAUCCAUUCAUCUUGAAAUAUAGGCAAAAUGAUUGCAUAGAUCCGUUAACUUUAAAGAAUAAAUAACAAAAUGUACAUUUUUGUAUUGUUCUAUGCAUCAACGUGUGCUAUUGUGGUGAAUGCAUGUGCAGAAUGUACUGUAAUGAUAAAUGUAAGAUUGUAUGAUAUUUUAAAGCAGCACUUUGAGACACGUUGUUAUCAGACCACUGGAAGAUUUGGUUUUAACAGGUUUACGUUAGGGAAAAUAUAUGUUUUCAUAGGAAACUCAUCACUGACAUUCUUUAUGACCUCAUUUUAUGUUUUGACAAUAUGUAGUUCGUUUUUAAGCACUUAUGUGAUUUUGUUUUCUUUCUUGUUCUAGUUCCUUUUUAAAUCAUCCUCUUAAACAUCACAGUGCUGCUAAAUCAUUUGUAUGUUUAAUUCUGUCCUCAAGCUGAACUUUUAUUGCAAUAAAAUGUUGUUGUGCCUCUGCUCUA